AUGUCUAUUCAAAAUCAUAAUCCAUUUUACAAAUUAUUAGAAGGUGAAUCACAAAAGCUUUUAGACACAAGAUAUAAAGAUUUUAUUGGAGUUAAAUCAGACCUAGAAAGAAUUGAUUUCAAACAAAAUGAAAAAUUCUUCAAGAAUUUGACUCGAAAGUUAGAAAAAAAGAAGCUAAACAAUGUUAUUUUACUUCAACCUGAGUGUUGCAAUAAUCUAAAAACAUUGAUGAGAUUUGUUUCUGAUACUUUUUUGGACAACGCAAGUGAAAGACAAUUGAAAGGUCAGACUCUAGAUGGAGACGAUGAAUAUCAGGAUCAAAUACCUAUAGUUUUUUUAAUAUCGCUUUCAAUAGUCAAUCAAGGUGCUGAAAAUUUUCGCAAGCUUCCUUAUUCCGUCAAAAGAUUAUUAAAGUUAGAACAUUUCGAGAUGCCUGAUCAAUUAACAAUUUUCGAUGAAUUUAUCUCUGAUUUAUGUGAUAAAACUUUUCAAACUUUAUAUAAAACCAAUUAUGAAAUAAGAUAUUCAAUUUCUUAUAUUGAAACAAAAGUUGAUCAAAUACAAGAUGUAAACGAUAUAAUGAAUAAUGAUAAUUGUUUGAAAACCGUUACGUUAAAAUUAUUAGAAGAUAUGAAACUUUAUCAUCAGAAAUUUUCAAAACUGGGACCAGCAUCAAUUGAAUCAUUCCUUACAUCAUUAAUCACUAACCUUACACAAAAAAAUUUAAUGCCAAAUGAAAUUAAAAAAUUGAAAAACUAUUCCCAAAAAUUAAAGAGUAUCGAAAAGAGAAGAACAAGACCAAUCAGAAAAGAAAUAUCAAACUCUAAAUAUAAUCCAAUUACUCAACGCACAGAUCUUAUUAACGAUAUGACUAAUUUUUUAGAAAGAUUUUUCGAAGAAAAUCUUCAACAUUAUACAAUCAAUCCACUUCACGAAAUUUAUUAUCAUAAAGGUGAUGGUAUUCUAAAAUCUGCAUUUAAUCAAACACCACGUCAAAUAAUUACUGCGGCACUUGGAUUACCUACAUGUUACCUUGAUUGUAAUUGUUGUCCUGUUGAUUCUUCUAAUGCUAUCCACAAUAAUAACAGCUUCGUGGCCAACAAUAACAAUAAUGCUUGUGAUGUUGUUGAUGAUAAAGUUAAAUUAGAUCCAAGAGAACAAAUUUUAACUACACAAAAUGACAUUUGUAUACUAUACAAAUUAUAUUUACAGGAAUGA